AUGCCCACGUCAGUAGUUGCAACAACUCGAGUGGAUCAGAGCGAGCAAGGCCCAUCGUCAUCCAGGCAUGAUGUGUCAAAAUUCUUCGACCGCCCGUUGUCACAGACGAAAGUUGCAACUAUCCUCAAUUUGUCGGUUGCUGCAAACAGGAGCUCUCCCCCCAGAGAGCAAAGCCCGGAGGUUGAACUUACACCAGUGAUUUUUCGAUAUCUCGGCCCCAGGAUAAGAGCGAAAAUCCUUCUAGAAGUAUUUUCGAAGCGGGAACGGGGAGACGGCCAAGUUCCAACUCCUCGAGCUAGGAGAACUAGGAGACUGGGCGGGGUCAGGGGACACGGCGUGCUCAAUACCAGGCCAGCAGGGAAGCGAGUUUCAUCUGAGCCGCUUCUGCAUGCGCUACGCAAGUACUGGUACCCAGGAGAUACUCCGCACAUGAGCACCACCAGAAACUGCCUGAUGCGACCAUGGCUGGUUUCGGUCACAAAAACCAUGAUUACCAUCGGUCAUCGCAACGCCGACGUGGCCGUCGUUUUGGGUGGGCGCGCGGGCAUAUUCGGUGCUCUUGUCGUUGCUUGA